GUCCCCUCUGACGGUCUGCUGUGCUGGUGUUUUUAGGCACAGGAGAGAGUGGAAAGAGCACGUUUAUUAAGCAGAUGAGGAUCAUCCACGGGGCGGGCUACACAGACGAGGAUAAGAGGGGCUUCACCAGGCUGGUCUACCAGAACAUCUUUACUUCCAUGCAGUCCAUGAUCCGUGCCUGUGAGAACCUCAAGAUCCCUUACAAAUACGAGCAGAACCGGUCUAACGCUAUGCUGGUGAAGGAGGUGGACAUUGAGAAGGUAUCUGGGUUUGACCAGCCGUACAUCAGUGCCAUCAAGACCCUGUGGGCUGAUCCAGGAAUACAGGAGGCCUAUGACCGCCGCAGAGAGUACCAGCUCUCUGACUCCACCAAAUACUAUCUAACUGAUCUGGACCGUAUCGCAGAGCCCAACUAUCUGCCCACCCAGCAGGACGUGCUCAGGGUCCGCAUCCCCACCACUGGGAUCAUAGAGUACCCCUUCGACUUGCAAAGCAUCAUUUUCAGAAUGGUGGAUGUGGGGGGUCAGAGGUCAGAAAGGAGGAAGUGGAUCCAUUGCUUUGAGAACGUCACCUCAAUCAUGUUCCUGGUGGCACUGAGCGAGUACGACCAGGUCUUGGUGGAGUCUGACAACGAGAACCGUAUGGAGGAGAGUAAGGCUCUGUUCAGGACUAUCAUCACCUACCCCUGGUUCCAGAACUCUUCAGUCAUCCUGUUCUUGAACAAGAAAGACCUACUUGAGGAGAAGAUCACCUACUCACACCUGGUUGACUAUUUUCCAGAGUUUGAUGGUCCACAGCGAGAUGCUCAGGCAGCGCGGGAGUUCAUCCUGAAGAUGUUUGUGGACUUGAAUCCCGACAGUGACAAGAUCAUCUACUCCCACUUUACGUGCGCCACGGACACUGAGAACAUCCGCUUUGUGUUUGCUGCUGUCAAAGACACCAUCCUGCAGCUCAAUCUGAAAGAGUACAACCUGGUGUGAGCUCACACCAGAACACACACACCUCACUGAGUCUGUGCUUGGCUCCACAUGCAUCAAUACAUACCAAUCACACAUGAAAACACACACACAGACACCUAUUGGACCCCAUCCUCUUCUUGAUUUUCACUACAAUGGUUUUAAAGACACCACUGUCUCCCCUGUCAAUCCCCCACCUGCCUGGCCACAGCUGGCACUCACCUUCCUCACUGGAAGCUUGGAUCAGUAUUUCCCCAAACCCCCCUGCCCCCACCCCCCACACUAAUCUGGCACACAUACACCCUCAUGGGCUGUACACUAACUAUGUAGGGGACAUUGGGGUGUGUGUGUGUGAGGGGGUGGGACAGCAAAGACCAGUGAGGUGCUGUGGAUUUGUGGCGUCAGGGGUUUAACCCUUGAAUCUCUUGAGUUGACACCUGCUUGUGAGUUCACUUCCUGCCUUCUUUCUGAGCUCUUGACAGCGGAAGUGGGAAGCAGCGAAUAGGAAACCAUCAACAAAAAUGCAGCGUGGAACACUGCCGUGAGCUCAAGGAGGAACAGCAUGACCCAGAACAGGAUAUGAUGUUACACACAGGAAGGUAGGGGGCGGAGAAAAGAGUCUCCACCUUGCAUCCAUGAAUGUACCCUCCAGUGUGAGCGUGGCAAUCGCAACACAUAUUAAAUGCAUACGUCAAAACACUAAAGCACGAGACGGAGAGAAAAAGCUAAUCUAAAAUCUCUCUUGCUGAGAUUUUUAAAACAUUUUUAAAAAUAGUAACUUCUAUUUAUGGGAUAAUGGUGACUCAGAGGUUAAUAACACAGGAUAAUAAAACACCGAACCUUAAAUGUCAAAAAACUGAAAUAUACAAAAAUAAAAACAUGGAAACAGAAAACUUACUUGACAUAGGUAUCCUUUGCAGAUUUCUGUGUUUGUUUUAUGUUGAUCACAUUGCUUCCCUCCUCAAGAGGAUUUCUGUAUGGAAUGACAGAGACUCUGUAACCUUCCAUUUAACAAUCUCAGUAUCUGGUUCCACACGUUCAGACUUCAAUGAUGACCCUACCACUCGACACAAGUUGUGCUCUGAUUUUGCCAUCACUAGGGGCAGCAUGUUGUCAUUCGGUGUGUGCGAUCAUUAAACGCAAGAAUGUCACCUUAGAUGGCAUCUAAUCGCUGUCACUGCAAUCCCAUUGGAUACACGUACUGAGUGACAUGGUGACGUUCAUUAUAUCAAACACAGGAAGGAUUUCUGUUUACUUUUUUAUUGUAUAGUCACUUUUUGUUUUAUAUAAGAUUGCUUAUGAGUGAUGAAGUGGAGAUUAUUGACCUUUAUUUCCCAGAUUGAUGGACACGUGCACUCUGAAGUCUGCAAAAGUUCUUGUUUGUGUAUAUUUGUUUGUAAAUACAUAUACACAGAAUCACUCCUGUAUAAACUCUGUGGUACACAAUAUUUGGCAAAAAAAAGGAAACAAAAAUGAUCCACUUCGUUUGACAAUGUACUGUUUUUUUGUUUUGUUUUCGUAUGAAUUUAAGAUAGUAUUGAUACUGUGAUUCUGGAUUUUGUUCACUUUAUUAUUAGAGAAACAUUCAGGGCUGAGUGGUGCUGUGGGAAUAAGAGAGUCUGAAGAAUAGGCACGUCCACAGCCUGUCCUGUCACUCUAGACUCCACCAUGACACUACAGCCCUUUAGUACUGAGUCUAGAGCAGGCUAGAUUCUACACUAUAUGGUGACAAAAGAGAUAAUAAAAAAAUGUUUAAAAAAAGUAAUUAAAGAUUUUUUUUUUAUUUAUCUAAUUUAUGGACCAGGUUUGAAGGUGUGGAUGAUUUGACUGCUUUUGUUAAGUCAUGUCGAAGUGCUCCUCUCUCCCAUGGGAAACCAGGGGCAUACUUGAGUCUACUCUGCUGUAAAAACAACCGUCUGGUAUAGUAUGGGCUUUCUCUGCUUUCUAUUUUCUCUAAGACAUUUCCAGUUGAACUAGCCAUUGCAUCUCCAUGUCCGGACGGUAUGGUUUCUUUAGCAGCCCUCACGUUUUUGUUUCAUAAUUAAAACUAGUAUUUCCUUUUUUUUUUUUUUUUUUUUUAUGCUGCGCUGUAAUACGAAAAUAGAACAAUGUACAAUAUGAACGUAGGUGUUUUCUUUGUUUGUUUUUCUUAAAUGAUUGAAGACCUAUGCUUGCUAUUUGUAAUUUAUCACAUGGUUCUGUCGUUGGUUUGCAUUGUUUAAUUUCCAGUUUUUGAGGCUUGCUUUACUAGUGCCAGUGAUGUGCUGAUAUACUUUUGGUCUUUGAAGCUUUACCUUUUUCUACGGGCAACUUAUCCUCCAUUCUCAUUAAGGGCUAUCACAGUGCAUCAAGCAGGUAAUAGCACAGGGUCACAGUGAACAAAGUCAAUUCACUCACGCUUGUUCCCAGAUAAUCUUUGUUCUCACAGCAGUUUUAAAUCUUGGGAGUGGUGGGCAGUAAGGGACUAAUAUGAUGUAGGAUCGUUUUACGUUUGUUCAUUGGCUCGAUAGUGUAAAUUCAGUUUGGCACAGUGGUUAACCUGUCUCUGUCCAAUAUAUUGUAUCAGAUGUGAAUUAUGUGUUCUUAUCUAUAGGAAGUCUCAAACACUUGUCACAUUUAAAAACAAAGUGUAGUUCAUUACCAGGUGUUUGCUUUUGGCCAAGUUUUAUGAAGUGAAGCAAAUAGUGAGAGUUGCCCUUUUUUGCUUAGUGUUUUUUUCAGAUCUUAUCGAUAGAUAAUUGAUUAGCUGAAAUGCUCUGUGGACAGUAAUUAGCACAGCUUCAGUUCCCUCACAGUAAGUAGUGUUUGUCCUUCCCUGGACCACAGGUUAGCGGCUUGUACAAGUGAUAUGGUACGUUUACAUCUCUGCAAGUUAGGUUCAGGUUAAUCUCCUGUGUGCAAGUACAGAAUUGCAGCACAGUGUGGACAGCUAGACUGUUAACGGAUCUGCUCUAUCUGGCUGUAUGGGUGCCAAGGAGAAGAGGUUCUCUGUUCAGUUCCCCUGUAUUUGCAGUUGUUUCCUUUCAUCUCACCUGAGAAGAGCUGUAUUGUGAGACUGUAGACAGUGUGGAUUAAUGAGUUCAAGUACUCCUAUUUUAUUUUUGUUGUACAUGACCUAUGACUGCUAGUUUGUGAAAGGACUGGACAAGUUUCUGCUAUCAUGCUGUAACUUAAAUUUUCUUUUAUUUGUUUGUGUAAUUAGUGGUAUUAGGUAAAUGGGGGACAGAACAGAUGCAAGCUGGCUCAGUAUUAGAACCUAGUGUACUCUGUAGCCAUUUGAAAGUUGGGGUUGGACUUGCCAUUCCUGUGAGCGAAUUAACCAGUGGAAUCUCCUUUCUGUUUAGAGAUCAACAUGGACACGGUGCAAAUUGAGAAGUUCAAGCUUAUUAACUUUGGUUCCAUUCCCCCGCUUUCUUCCUUUCUUUGUAUGAUAAAAAAAACAUUACAGAAACACUAUUGUUUUUAGGACCACUUGAUUUUUUUAUCUAAUGAAACCUGAUGGUAAAUGUGUAGUGGCGUAUAAAAUGCAGUUUUCUUUUUAUGUAAACCAAAUGUAAAUGAUGUAUUAUACGGAGUGUGCCAACCUCACUCUCUAGAGCCAGGAUCUCUUAAAGUGCCAACGCAGUGGUCAUUAUCAGUUAGAGGGCUGCACUCCCAGGCGGCCUCCUUUUUCAAACACACCAGAGACAAAACAAAAGAUAGAUUAGAAGUACACAAAAUACUUUAUUCUGUAUUUAAGAUUUAAGAGAAAAUUGUAACUUUUUAUUUUAUUUUUUGGGAAAUUAUAAUUGCAUGUGUUUAAUUUGUCUUGCAAGUGAGGUUUCAUAUGUGCUUAUUGAAGCAGAGUUCUUAAGAGUUGAAUCUUUUUCAAAUUUUUAUUAUUAUUGAUUUUCAUUACUCUGCCAUAUUUCAGUUUUUUUUGUUUCAUGUAUUUGUUUCAACCACUGUUGCCUGAUCCUCAUUCAAACAUGAACAUGAAUUAUGAUCAUUGCCGCCUUCUAAGAGAGAAACAUAAUGACAAGGUAUCUGUUUUAAAUUGAAAUAAAUUUGUUCCUAUA